AUGUCCGUCACAACUAAAGCUACCAUCGCUUCCUUCGGCGGUAAGCUGCUCAAGCUUAGCCACAAUGCCACCACCACUCGCUGCGAAAUGGGUUUCAACCUCUAUCUACCCCCACAGGCACAAACUCAGAAAGUCCCCGUCCUUAUCUACUUGUCUGGUUUGACUUGUACCGCGGAAAACUGCUCGGAGAAGGGAUUCUUCCAGCACGGCGCAAGCAAGAAGGGAAUUGCUGUCCUCUACCCUGAUACUAGCCCUCGUGGUUUGAACAUUGAAGGCGAGAAUGAUGCUUAUGACUUUGGCUCUGGCGCUGGAUUCUACGUCGAUGCUACUAAGGCUCCGUAUGAUCAGGGUUAUAAUAUGUAUAGCUACGUCACUGAGGAAUUGCCCCAGACUGUCUUUGCUGCUUUUCCUCAGCUGGACUCUAGCCGUAUUAGUAUUACUGGUCACAGUAUGGGUGGACACGGUGCCUUGACUUUGUUCCUCCGUAACCCAGGCAAGUACAAGUCUGUUUCGGCAUUCGCACCCAUCACCAACCCUAUCAACUGUCCCUGGGGCCAGAAGGCAUUCAAGGGCUACUUCGGAGAUGAUCAAGAGUCCAAGUGGAAGGAGCACGAUGCUACAGAGCUUAUUAAGAAAUGGACCGGUGGUCCCCUUGAUAUCCUAAUUGAUGUUGGAACCGGCGACAACUUCUAUAAGCAGGGCCAGCUCCUCCCCGAGAACUUCGAAGCUGCCGCUAAAGAAGCAGGUCUCUCUGGCUUGCAUGUGCGCUACCAACCUGACUACGAUCACUCAUACUAUACCAUGGCGUCUUUUGCGGAUGACCACAUUGAGCACGCGGCGAAGUACCUUCUUGCAUAG